AUGGUGCUGCAGUGCGUAAUCGCCCUCCACGCACCCACGCGCACAUACGAGUGUGCGGCGGCUCGUGGCUCUCGGCGGCCGUACACCGCCGGACUCAUUGUGCCGACCGGCGUGGGCGCCGCGAUCGGUGGCUAUGCUGGCGAUGCGAUGCCGGUGGCGCGCGCCCUCACAGCUGUCGCCGACACGGUGGUGACGCACCCGAACGUGCUCAAUGGCGCGCAGAUGUACUGGUCGCACGACGCGUUCCAGUACGUCGAGGGCUUUGCACUCGACGAGUUUGCCGCCGGCCGCUGGGGCCUCCGGCCAGCGAGCGCACAAAAGGUGGGGCUGUUGCUCGACGCGGCCAUCGAGCCAGAGCUGCGCCUGCGCCACCUGCAGGCGGCGGACGCGGCCCGGGCGACACUCGGCCUCUGCGUGGCGGCGCACGCCACGACAGACGCACCGCUCGGGGUGGAGCUGCAGAUGUCACCGUCUGGAGCUUCGCGGCCGGACGCGCUGCUCGCGGCGGCGCGGCGGCUGCAGGCGGCGGGGUGCACCGCGAUCGCCGUCGUCGCGCGCUUCCCGGACGACGAGGACGAGGAGAUGCUUGCCGCCUACCGCGCAGGCGAUGGCGUCGACGCGAUCGGAGGCGCCGAGGCGAUCAUCUCCCACCUUAUCACCAAGGAGCUGAGGCUGCCGUGCGCGCACGCGCCUGCGCUUCCGGCGCUCGGUCUCGAGCCUGGCCUCGCGCCGCGGGCGUGCGCCGAGGAGCUCGGCCACACCUUCUUGCCGUGUGUCCUCGCCAACCUCGCGCGCGCACCGAGCUUGCUCGACGGCUCCGAGAGGCCUCUCCCGGGCGACUUGCGCGACUCCCUCGACGCCCUCGUCGUGCCCGCGGACGCGUGCGGCGGCGCCGCCGUCCUCGCGCUCGCCGCCUCGGACACGCUCGUCGUCGGCGUCGAGGAGAACACGUGCGCCAUGGCUGUGUCCCCCGAGCGGCUGGGCGGCGGCGUGGUGCGCGUGCGCUCGUACAUGGAGGCCAUUGGGCUCCUCGCAGCGCACAAGGCGGGCGUCAACCCCGCCUGCCUCACGCCGACCGUCGCGCCCAUUGCGGACCUUGAGGUGCCCGCUGAGCCCGGCCACGGCCGCAGUGGGCGCGUGAGCGAGGAGCCAGGAGAGCGAAGCGAGCUUGGCGCGGCUGCUAACUGA